AGAGAUACUGACGAAUGAGACAUGACUCAUUGAGCGAAUGAAAUUAGUAAACAUCUUCACCUCCUAUAUAAGACCGGGAGCGGGGGACGCUGGCUGCAUGUUACCUAUCUGCCACACCAGCUAUCCGCGUGUUGACUCCAGUGUCGAAUACGAUAUCGGUAGUGAUUAUGGUGCCUCUUAUCAUAGUCGUCAUUAGGAAGCCUAGAGCAGCCAGAAUCGCAGCGCUCAGCCAUUGCUCAGUAACCACCUCUUCGUCCCUGUUGGCAUUACGCCUGUACGCAAAGCGCAACUCCAAACCAUCCGGAAGCCCUCCCCAGUCUGUAGCGCAUAUUCAUUCCCACACAUCCGUCGACAGGCCGGUUCACCUGCUCAAAUCGGCGGACAUCAGAGACCGCUGACGCCAUGGGCUGCUGGCGCCAUCUCCUCCUAUCGUACGCGGCCUGCGCUGGGGCGUGGGAGUUCCCGCAGAAGCCCAUCUCGUACCUGUUCGGCCAAGAGCCGGUCCUGGAGGAGGAUUGCAGCGUAGACAUUAUGACGGGCAGCCAGUUCAGCGGCUUGACGACGUACGCGAACCUGCCGUACCUCAACUGCUUCCUGGACGGCGAGGCAAAGGGGAGGCCGUACGACAUCGCGAUCAUGGGCGCUCCCUUUGAUACCGGCGUCACCGCGAGACCGGGGGCCCGCUACGGGCCCAGAGGCAUCCGAAUCGGAAGCAUGAGGAAGUAUGCGGGCUUCGGAUGGAGCGUCUACGAUGGAAAAAACGCCCUCCAGUCGUGGGCGACGGUGGUGGACUGCGGCGACGUGCCGUUGACAGUGCUGGACAAUAAAGUCGCGCUCGCGCAGCUGGAAAAAGCACAUACAGUCGUUUCCGGGAGGCGAGCCACGACCGAGGCGCGCUCGGCGCACCCGCGGAUCCUGACGCUGGGCGGCGACCACACGACGACGCUGGCGGCGCUGCGGUCGACGUUCAAGCGGUGGGGGCAGGUGUCUGUCGUGCACUUCGACAGCCACAUAGAUACGUGGGAUCCUAUGGUACUGGGCGGCGUUUCGGAGUACGCGGGCAUCAACCACGGGACGUUCCUGCACGUGGCGCACGAAGAGGGCCUCAUCCGCAACACGUCGAUCCACGCGGGCGUGCGGGCGCCGCUGGCGCGGCGGCGCGACGACCUGCGCAACGACGCGCGGUGCGGGUUCGUGGCGGUGACGGCGCGGGACCUGGACGCGGGGGGCGCCGCCGGCGUCGCCGCGCGCAUCCGCGACCGCGUGCGCGGCAGCGGCGUCUACGUCAGCGUCGACGUCGACGUGCUGGACCCGGCCUUUGCCCCCGCGACCGGCACCCCCGAGCCCGGCGGCUGGUCCUCGCGCGAGCUGCUCGCCGUGCUCGACGGCCUGCGCGGGCUCGACCUCGUCGGCGCCGACGUCGUCGAGUUCGCCCCCGCCUACGACGACGCCGGCGAGACGACCGCCCUCGCCGCCGCCGAGGUCGCCUGGUCCCUCCUCGAGCUCAUGGUCGAGGAGCCGGCCGCGGGCCCCGGCGAGCCCCAGCCGUGA